GGUUUGAAGAUAUAUAUAUAAGACCUGAUAGCAUCCAGCAUGAUUGUUAUUUUAUUUAUUAUAAGCUUCAUUCCUUUUGUGUAUAACACUGGAGACCCUCAUCUGUGCAGUAAAACGGAAACAUACGUAGAACCUGUAAGACGAAGUUACUCAUAUUGGACACGAGUUGAAUAUGAAACCAGAUGUUUCCUAUUUUUCAAAUGUUCUCAGUAUAAAAGUGUGAUGAGAACUGGUUACAAGAUGACAUCUGAAGUGAGACAACGUGUAAUUAAGCAAUGUUGUCCAGGAUAUGGAAUGUCAGAUUCCAUAUGCAAACCUGUGUGUGCAAAAGGCUGUUUCAGAGGCAGGUGCUUGGAACCAGAUGUUUGUAGAUGUUAUACAGGAUGGAAAGGAGAGAAUUGUGAGGAAAGUUGCGACUCAAAUCAUUAUGGCCCUAACUGCAUUUAUAACUGUCCAUGCCAAAACGGAGCUAUAUGUUCGCCUUUCACGGGUAGUUGCAACUGUACAAAUGGUUGGAAAGGUCGCUUUUGUGAUAUUCCUUGCAAAAAUAACACUUUCGGAUUUUAUUGCUCAGAGGAAUGCAUGUGCCAAAAUGGUGCUGAAUGUAAUGGUUCAGAUGGUUCUUGCAAUUGUACUUCAGGAUAUUUAGGAACAAUUUGCAACGAAACCUGCCCAGAUGGACAAUGGGGAAACAACUGUUCAAGAAAUUGCUCGUGCAGAAAUGGCGCUGCAUGCAAUCCAGUCAACGGAACGUGUAUCUGUUCUGCUGGUUGGACUGGCAUCAGAUGUGAUGUCCCUUGCUCCAAAGGAUCGCAUGGAAAAAAUUGUGCGAAGCGAUGCGAUUGUAUGAACGGUUCCCACUGCCACCAUGUUACUGGUGCUUGCAUAUGUGAAGACGGUUAUAUGGGAGAAAAAUGUGAGAGAAUAUGUCCUGCUGGUUCUUGGGGUAAAAACUGCUCGGAAAACUGCACGUGUCAAAAUGGAGCUCAAUGUCAUCAUUCGACAGGAUACUGUGAUUGUCAGUCUGGUUGGAAAGGUCAUUAUUGUGAAAUACCAUGUGAUAAUGGAACUUAUGGAUAUUUUUGUAGCAAAAAGUGCAACUGCAAGAAUAAUGCGACAUGCAAUAAAGCAGAGGGCUGCAUUUGUACUGUUGGGUACACAGGCUCAUCAUGUAAUGAAAUUUGCGGCAACAGAACGUGGGGUUUAAAAUGCGCAAAUUUGUGCAGAUGUGAAAAUGAAGCAGAAUGCGACCCUUUCAAUGGAAGUUGCACAUGUGCGGCUGGAUGGAUGGGUGACCGAUGCCACAUUCCUUGCAAACCUGGAUUUUAUGGGAAAUAUUGUGUGGGAAAAUGCGAUUGCCAAAAUGAUGCAAGAUGUGGACCGAAAGAUGGAAUUUGCAAUUGCACCGAAGGUUAUUUUGGAAAAACGUGCAAUGAAACCUGUCCUGAUGGCCUUUGGGGGCACAAUUGCUCAAGUUCAUGCCCUUGUGAAAAUGAAGGGAAAUGUUCGCCUACAACAGGGAAUUGUACUUGUAAGCCAGGAUGGAUUGGAGAAAACUGCAGUCUUCCAUGCAAUAACGGAACAUAUGGAUAUAACUGCAGUGAGAUUUGUAAUUGUGAAAAUAACGCUACCUGUGAUGCAUCGUCAGGAUGUAUUUGUACUCCUGGAUAUCGAGGAAUAAUGUGCAACGAAACGUGUGGCAAUGGAACUUGGGGUUUUAAUUGUUCAGGAAUGUGUAAUUGUAAAAACGAAGCAGAAUGUGAUUUCAUCACAGGAGUUUGUUUUUGUCUACCAGGUUGGAGUGGGGUGGAUUGCGGAACACCUUGCGAUAAUAAUACUUAUGGAAAAAAUUGCAGUAAACAAUGCUCUUGCAAGCAUGAUUCAAGCUGCAAUCCAAUAAAUGGUACUUGCAAUUGUACAAUUGGAUAUAUUGGAAAAGCAUGCGAAGAAGAGUGUCCCCAUGGAUUAUGGGGGAAAGAUUGUGAAAAUAAGUGCGAAUGUGGGGACAGUGGGUAUUGCUCUCCCUUCAGCGGAGUUUGUAUCUGCGAUCCUGGAUUCACUGGUAAACAUUGUGAAUUGGAAUGCCUUCCUGGAUUCUUUGGUAAAAGCUGUAUGAAUAAAUGCCACUGUGAUUCCGCAUGUUCAUGUCAUCCUGUUGAUGGAAAAUGUGGCUGUGACUUAAAGAAAGAAAAGUUAAAUUGCAGUGAUGAUUUUACGUGGGAUGUUACUCACCAAAUCAGCGGUGCUCUAAAUGUCUUAACAUUCAGGUUGUGUAGAAUUCAAGCUACUCGUCUUCGCCGAAGGCACUUCACUCUCUUAUUACUAAUCAUAUUUGAAACUCUAUUACCAUUGAGAGACUGUAAUAAAGAAAUCUGCAAUAAUUUGAAUUGUUCAUGUGCUGCCUCAUCCAAUAAUAUGACUUUUGAAGAAUGUCCAUGUAAUUUUAGAAACGAAUCAACAAAACAUGAAUUAAUAUUUCAAGCUAAACGAUUGCUUCCAAGUUUUCUCUUCAUCAUUGCCAUCACAACAAGUUUAAUUGCCGUCUUGUCUUUGACAUUGCCAUUUGUUCUACAACGCAGAAAGAAAAUAAACUCAAAUGAAAAGACGAAAGCAGCGUCAUCUGCUUCAUCGUUGAAUCAAUUGCCUGGAGCGAAUAGAAAAGGAUUCAAAUUACAAUGUACAAAAUAUAUUCGAAGAGGAUCCUCCAUUAAUGAAAAGCAGAUAAAUACCGCAGAAGGUGCACAAAACUUAGCCUUAUUUGGAAACAGAAAUUAUAACAUUGACUAA